AGAAUGAAAAAAAAAAGAAGAAAAGAACAUAUACUCGUGAAUGAAAUUAAGCGAAGCAAAAGAGCAACAAAAAGCAAUCCCAUGGAUCUAUGGUUGGUGCAAAACGAAAGCGUGUGAACUGAGGACUUUGAGCUCACGACCGACACCAGCGCCCCCCAGCACCCCCGGCCCCCAAAACCAAAACCCCACCAUCUUUUGUAGCCACGCCCACUUACGCCCAUACAUUAUAUAUGCACCACUACUCAGCCAGCGCCACCAUUGUUUUUAGCUUUUACUCAACAACCCAUUUUACGUUUUCUCACUUCUCGGAUUGUUGUCUCUUCCAUCUCUUCCUUUCUUGUUCCUAUUAAUACAUCCAAAUUAACUAGUAGCUAGUAUUAUGUUCUUCAUGAACAUUACGAUCGAGUUUAAAUGUUCCAUCUUUUUCUUCCUGUAAAUCCAAACCAGUCUUAGUCUCAGGUCAUCGAUCGUUACAGAAUAUUAAUCACUUCCCUUCUCUCUCAACUCGAUUUUCCAUUGGGUUGCUACGAUGCUGAGGAUGAUAAGAGGCAGCAAUAUUACUUUGGUGAUACUCGUGGUGGUUUGUGGGAUGAUCAAUAUCCAGACAUGUCUGUCACAGAUUACCAGAGGAAGCUUUCCAAAGGGUUUUGUUUUUGGGACUGCCUCUUCUGCUUUCCAGUAUGAAGGAGCAGUGAAAGAAGAUGGGAGGGGCCCGACUGUUUGGGACACUUUUUCUCAUACUUUUGGCAAAAUAUCUGAUUUCAGUAAUGCAGAUGUUGCUGUGGAUCAGUACCACCGUUACAAUGAAGAUGUACAACUAAUGAAGGACAUGGGAAUGGAUGCCUAUAGGUUUUCGAUUGCUUGGUCUCGGAUUUUUCCUAAUGGAAGUGGUGAAAUCAAUCAGGCAGGAGUUGAUCAUUAUAAUAACCUCAUCAAUGCUUUACUAGCCAAAGGCAUUGAACCAUAUGUGACCCUCUACCAUUGGGACCUUCCUCAAGCACUGGAAGACAAAUACAAUGGAUGGUUGAACCCUCAAAUCAUAGAGGACUUUGCAAAAUAUGCCGAGACAUGCUUUCAGAAAUUUGGUGACAGGGUGAAACACUGGAUCACAUUCAAUGAGCCCCAUACAUUUGCCACCCAAGGGUAUGAUGUGGGUCUUCAGGCACCGGGACGGUGCACCAUUCUACUUCGUCUUUUUUGUAGGGCAGGAAACUCUGCAACCGAGCCUUACAUUGUUGCUCACAAUGUUAUCCUCUCUCAUGCAAAGGUGGCACAAAUAUACAGAAAAAACUACAAGUCAAAACAGCUUGGAUCCGUUGGGAUAUCUUUUGAUGUAAUUUGGUUUGAACCAGCUACAAACUCCACAGAAGACAUUGCAGCAGCUCAAAGAGCCCAAGAUUUUCAGCUUGGCUGGUUUCUUGAGCCUAUAAUCUUUGGGGAUUAUCCAAGCUCGAUGAGAAGCAGAGUAGGAAGCCGGCUGCCUGCAUUUUCUAAAUCUGAGGCGGCUCUUGUCAAGGGUUCCUUGGACUUUGUUGGCAUUAAUUACUACACUACAUUCUAUGCAAAAAAUAAUUCAACUAAUCUCAUUGGUGUACUACUUAACGACUCCAUUGCAGACUCUGGUGUCAUUACCCUGCCAUUCAAAGAUGGGAAAGCCAUUGGAGGCAAGGCAAAUUCCAUAUGGUUGUACAUAGUACCUCAUGGGAUCAGAAGCUUAAUGAAUUACGUCAAGCAAAAGUAUGGGAACCCUCUGGUUAUUAUCACUGAAAAUGGGAUGGAUGAUGGAAACAGCCCUUUUACCCCAAUCAAAAAUGCACUGAAGGAUGAGAAAAGGAUCAAAUAUCACACUGAUCAUCUAACGAACUUGCUUGCUUCAAUCAAGGAAGAUGGAUGCAAUGUAAAAGGGUAUUUUGUAUGGUCUUUACUGGACAACUGGGAGUGGGCAGCUGGAUACAGUUCAAGAUUUGGUCUCUAUUUUGUUGAUUACAAGGACAAUCUCAAGAGAUAUCCCAAGGACUCUGUUCAAUGGUUUAAGAACUUCUUGGCAGCUUGAUUUCUACUUAAAAGAUGGAGAGAAAACUGAAGGAAGAUGUAGAAAAGUGAAGGUGCAGCAACUUUACAUUUCCAAACAAAGGCAUGUGAAAUGUACAUGCAGCAGUCCCCUGAAUGCAUUUAUUAUUAUUGUU